UGAACAUUGUCUAUUCCACCUAUUCUGUCGCGUGUCCUACCACUGUUGUUCCGGGCGAGCAACGGCAGGGCGAACGGUAUGAAGGGCUUCAAUGCCUCGUGGCACGCCUGCUUGGUGCUGCUUCUAACCGCCUUCACUUUCAUCACGCCGGCCGUGAGCGUCAAACAUGAAAACUUCAAGACCUGUGACCAGUCGGGCUUCUGCAAACGCAAUCGAUUGUACGCCGAUACCGCCCUCGCUGCUUCCAAGUGGGAAGCUCCCUACUCUCUAGACCGAUCGAGCAUCAAAUUCAACGAUGGCCUGCUCACGGGCACUGUAUACAAGAAACUGGCGCACAGUGACGAAUCUGUUCGUCUUCCAAUCAAAAUUGCUUUCUACGAAUCUGGAGUUGCUCGCGUGACCAUCGACGAGGAGAAAAGGCAGAAGGGCCAAAUUGAGCUUCGUCACGACAGCAAGAUCCGCAAGGAGAGAUACAACGAGGCGGAGUCAUGGGUCAUUGUUGGAGGCACCACCCCCAGCAAGGGUGCUGCACUUUCGAACGAUGCAGCAAAGGGUACGACAAAGGUGGUCUACGGUCCAGCCAGCAAGUUCGAGGCCAUCAUCCAACACUCUCCCUUUGCCAUCGAGUGGAAGCGCGAUGGCGAGACUCAGGUCAACUUCAAUGAACGUGGGUUGCUGAAUGUGGAGCACUGGCGCAAGAAAGUGGACAAGCCAGAGCCAAAGGAAGGCGAGGAGGCCGCGGAGAAGAAGGACGACCACGCGGAAGAUGAGAGCACCUGGUGGGACGAAGCUUUUGGCGGAAAUACAGACACCAAACCACGCGGCCCUGAAUCUGUCGCUUUAGACAUCUCCUUCCCAGGAUACGACCAUGUCUACGGUUUGGCCGAGCAUGCAAGCCCCCUCAGCCUCAGAGAGACUCGUGGCGGCGACGGCAAAUACAAGGAGCCGUACAGGCUGUACAACAGCGACGUCUUCGAGUAUGAGAUGGACAGCCCCAUGACACUGUAUGGCUCGAUUCCCCUUCUUCAGGCGCACAAGAAGGACUCCACAGUCGGCGUCUUCUGGCUGAACGCUGCCGAGACGUGGGUGGACAUCACCAAACGCUCCAGCUUAGCCAACAAGGUCGGACUGGGCUCCGGUGCCAGCACUGACAGUCACUUCAUCAGCGAGUCUGGCUUGCUCGAUGUCUUCGUCUUCCUUGGUCCAACACCUCAAGACGUCGUGGGCGCCUACACCGAGCUCACUGGCACACAGCAACUUCCACAACACUUCUCCAUCGCCUAUCACCAAUGUCGCUGGAACUAUGUCACGGAUGAAGAUGUCAAAGAUGUCGACAAGAAAUUCGACAAGAACAACAUUCCAUACGAUGUCAUCUGGCUCGACAUUGAAUACACCGAAGGCAAGAAGUAUUUCACCUGGGAUCCGCUGACUUUCAAGGACCCUCUGAGCAUGCAGAAGCAGCUCGACGAGCAUGAGCGCAAGCUCGUUGCCAUCAUUGACCCGCACAUCAAGAACGAGGCCAAUUACCCAAUCGUGGACGAACUCAAGUCGAAAGACCUCGCGGUUCACAACAAAGACGGCAACAUCUACGAAGGUUGGUGCUGGCCAGGAAGCAGUCACUGGGUCGAUUGUUUCAGCCCAGCUGCACGAAAGUGGUGGGCGGGCCUCUUCCAAUACAGCAAAUUCACCGGCUCGGCCAAGAACUUGUGGCUCUGGAACGAUAUGAAUGAGCCUUCCGUCUUCAACGGACCAGAGACGACCAUGCCGAAAGACAAUGUCCAUCACGGCAAUUGGGAACAUCGUGAUGUGCAUAACUUGAAUGGUCUAACUCUCAUCAACGCCACCUAUGAAGGUCUGCUUGCUCGUGACAAGGAAGAGGCCAAGCACAACGUUCGACCAUUCGUGCUUACCCGCUCAUUCUUCUCCGGCAGCCAGCGACUUGGAGCAAUGUGGACCGGUGACAACCAGGCCAACUGGGAACACCUCGAGGCCUCCAUUCCUAUGGUCCUGAGCAUGGGUAUCAGCGGAUUCCCCUUCGCUGGUGCUGAUGUUGGAGGUUUCUUCGGCAACCCAGAGAAGGACUUGCUCACCCGAUGGUACCAAGCUGGUAUCUGGUAUCCUUUCUUCCGCGGCCAUGCACACAUCGACACCCGCCGUCGUGAGCCAUACCUUGUAGGACAGCCAUACCAGGAGAUCAUCACACAAGCCCUUCGUCUCCGCUACAGCUUGCUGCCCGCUUGGUACACAGCCUUCCACGAAUCACACGUCUCUGGAGCUCCCAUCGUUCGACCCAACUACUACGUCUUCCCUGGUGAUGAGAAGGGCUUCGCCAUUGAUGAUCAGCUCUACCUUGGUAGCACUGGUCUGCUUGCCAAGCCUGUUACCAAAGCCGAGCAGCCAGGGACAACCAUCUACCUCGCAGACAAGGAGAAAUACUACGAUUACUUCGAUUUCUGGACCUAUGAAGGACCUGGCGAGGUCGCAGUCUCGUCGCCUCUUGAGACCAUUCCUCUUUUGAUGCAAGGUGGUCACAUCAUUCCUCGUCGCGACCGCCCUCGACGAAGCUCAGGUCUGAUGAAGUAUGAUCCUUUGACGCUUGUCGUUGUCAUCGGCUACGCUGGUGACGCGCAGGGAACGCUAUACCUUGACGACGGAGAGUCGUUCGACUACAAAGAUGGCGCUUACAUCCAUCGCAAGUUUCAUUUCGAUGGCAAGUCGCAGACUCUGACGUCCGAGGACCUGAACCACGGUGCAAGCAGCAAGAGCGCAAAAGCUUACUUCAAGACUAUGGAGAGGGUGCGUGUCGAGAAGAUUAUCGUCCUGGGUGCGCCAGAAUCGUGGAAAGGCAAGACCCAAGUGGAGGUCACUGAGUCGCAUGCUGGCAAGUCGGAGCCUGCACGCCAUGCGACGUUGGAAUUCCACGCGAAGGAUGACGGCAAGGCUCCUUGGGCUGUCCUGAAGAAUCCUCAAGUCAAGAUCCAGAGUGACUGGAAGAUUACGUUUGGGGAAGCGACGACAGGAAAGACGGACCUAUCCUACCAGUUGAGUGCUCAUAGCAGCAAAAGCUGUUGUUCUGCUUCUUCAUCUGUGCUCGAGUGCUUCUUCUUCUGCAUCCUCUUUGCAAAAAUCCCUAUGAGGGCCUGACCAAGCGCAACAAUCAGAAAGUCAAGCGUCAUCCACCCUGACAUUCGAUACCAUUCCCUGAGGCCGACAAAGACUCUCACGAAGAGCGUAUUGUUCUCUUGCCACUCUGGAUGGCUCUCCCACAGCCAAGAUCCAGGAUAGAAUCUCCACAAAAGCGACAGACCUGCAAGGCUGAAAGCGAGGGAUUGCAGGAACAGGCCUUUUGAGGUCAAAGCUCCUGGGUCGCCGAGCCGAGAUUGAGAUUGCA